GCUUUGUUUUUUUUUUUCAUGAGAAUAGAGAAAAACUCAUAGUUAACCAUUGGUAGAGUGGAAAGAACAGGAAUUUUUUUCCAAAGAAGUUACCCUCCGAUCAGACUUUUAGAAACCCAAUGGGGAGUGAGCCUGGAAUUGUGUCGCCAUUUAAGCGAGUUUUUCUAAAAGGAGAAAAAGGUCGGGAUAAGAAAGCCCAUGAGAAGGUUACAGAAAGACGCCCUCUUCAUACUGUGGUGCUAUCUCUGCCUGAUAGAGUUGAACCAGAUAUACUGUUGAAUGACUAUAUUGAAAAGGAAGUAAAGUAUUUAGGCCAAUUAACAUCAAUCCCAGGCUACCUGAAUCCCUCCAGUAGGACUGAAAUUCUACAUUUCAUAGAUAAUGCAAAGAGGGCUCAUCAGCUUCCUGGACAGUUGACCCAGGAACAUGAUGCUGUGAUCAGUCUCUCUGCCUACAACGUAAAGCUCGUGUGGCGAGAUGGAGAAGACAUCAUACUCAGGGUUCCCAUCCAUGACAUUGCAGCAGUUUCCUACAUCCGGGAUGACUCAUUGCACCUAGUGGUGCUGAAAACAGCUCAGGACCCUGGAAUCUCCCCCAGCCAGAGCCUAUGUGCAGAAGGCUCCAAAACACUCACCUCUGGCUCUCUGUCUGAAAGCGGAGUGGUACCCGUUGAAGCGUGCUGCUUGGUAAUCCUGGCCACCGAGAACAAAGUGGCUGCAGAAGAACUCUGCUCCCUGCUCAGCCAAGUCUUCCAGAUUGUUUACACAGAGUCCACCAUUGACUUCUUAGAUCGGGCGAUAUUCGAUGGGGCCUCUACACCUACUCGCCAACUAUCCCUGCACAGCGAUGACUCUUCUACAAAAGUGGACAUGAAAGAGGCCUACGAAAGUGAAGCAAGUCCUUUCUUGGUUUUGAAUACAGGGGGCACCUCAUCCUCUUCCUUCACACAGCCAUCUCCUCACAUCAAGACGGUCAGCGAGAGCGAGCUGAGCACCACAGCCUCCGAACUGCUGCAGGAUUACAUGAUGACGCUGAGAACCAAGCUGUCGUCCCAGGAGAUUCAGCAGUUUGCCAUGCUGCUGCAUGAGUACCGAAAUGGGGCCUCUAUUCAUGAGUUUUGCAUCAACCUACGGCAACUUUAUGGAGAUAGCAGGAAGUUCCUGUUGCUAGGUCUGAGGCCUUUCAUCCCAGAAAAAGACAACCAACAUUUUGAGAACUUUUUGGAGACAAUCGGAGUCAAGGAUGGCCGGGGAAUCAUCACGGACAGCUUUGGAAGGUACCGGCGGGCAAUGAGCACCACGUCCAAUUCGACCACCAAUGGGAAUGGAGCCGCAGGCAGCUCGGAUGACCAGUCUGCACCGUCCGAAGGGGAUGAAUGGGACCGCAUGAUCUCUGAUAUCAGUAAUGACAUUGAGGCCCUUGGCUGCAGCAUGGACCAGGACUCGUCAUGAGGAAAAAGCCUGGAGGAGGGGAGAAGAAACAGCUCUCAUGCCUAAAAGGGGCCUUCCCCUCCUUCUGGCUCUCCCUCCCCUGUAGCUGUCGUCCCAACCCUCAGAAAAGGUUCUAGGGGACCAGCCGUCAUGUUGAACCCUUUGUUUCCUUCACUAUUGGUGGGAACCAGGAGGGUGUCAUUAGAUAGCAUGGAUGAGCUAGGACCCUUCUACUGUGAAGAAAUGAAUUCGUGCCAGGAUUAGGGGCCAGGAAUAUGGGAGAGCUUUGCAGUUGUCCAAACUGUCCAUGUUCCUUGCUCCCACCCUCUACCCAGAAGGUUCCUGGGUGGAAGUGUGUCAACCAAGGAAUGGCAGAAGGAUGGGGAAAGGAGCCGACUUUGUGAAGAAGUGGCUCUCUUCGGUUCCCCUGGACAGUUUACCGUUUUGCACAUGAUGUUCCUGUUGUAACUCUCAGAGACCUUUUUUUGAAAAAUGAAGUUUAUCACAAUGUGAAUAAUUUAAACCUCUUGUUGUCAGACACAUUUCUAGUCUAAAUGGGGAGAUUGUAUGUGCCAAGAGAAGUACAUUUUAGGUGUAGGCAUUUCCCAUUUUAAAUGGUUGCCCAGGGCUAUCUGGAGUAUGGCACUGGGGAAUUUUCACUGACUUCUGCCCCAUCAGUCCGUAGCACUAAUAAGAUCUCAUGUGCCAAAGAGGGGAGAAUGCUGUUAUCUCUGUUCCCUGAGAAUAUCCCGGCCCCAUUUAUUUAUGCCUAGGAGAUACCUAUUCCUGGAGAAUAGGGGCUUGGUCAGGGUGGGGCCAGGAGGGAGCUGGUUUGGUGGUGGUUCCGUCUCCACUCCCUUCUCUGGCACGACAGUUCCCUAGAGGCCCUGCUGCUUCCUGGAGUGGGCAGGCGAAGGCGUGGGAGGGAUAGGAGGACCCCAAGGAAGUGCUGGAUUUCAGUGCAAGGAGCUCCUCGGGCUGACUUGUUCUGCUUGUUCCUUACUAGGACUGGGGGUGAGAUGGUGGCAGUCCCAUAGGAUCGGUGGUUAGUAUUCUGUAAGGGACAAAGAAAUAGAAGGAAGUAGAAGACCAGAUCACCUUCAGUUAACUGGGAGGCUUUACCUUUGCAUGAGGUAUAUAAUAUAAUGUACAUGUAGUGUAAAUAUGCUCUUAUAAAUACACCUAUUUUUUUAAUCCAUAUGCCAUACUGAUGCCUGCUUGGGAAGCCAGCCUUCCCAGCGGGGUAGGACUUGCUGUUCUCCUGGAGUAAUAGCCUAUUCCUUAAUUUAUACUUGGGUUAUAUUUUUUACUCAUUUUUAGAUAAAGCUUCCCGAGAUUUUGCAAACGGACAGUCACAGCUCUCUUUUCAUUCUAGGGUAAAGCUCUUAGUACAUAGCAGUCUUCUCCGAUGCUUUCCCAGGAAAGUUCAGUCCAGCAACUCCUUGCGACUCCCUUGUGCUUUUUUCCAUGUGUCUUCUCUCACCCCCCCACCCCCCCCAUCUCACCAUACUCUUCCUUGACUGUCUCAUUCUCCUGCUUUUGUUCUCUUUGCCCUGGCCUCCCCCUCCCUUUUACAUGUGCAGAUGUUCCUGUGUGCCAUCUGUAACCUUUGUGCGUAUCAGGUAGCUGUGAAGGAGGCUCACGGUUUCUACCACUGUGCCUCGUUGCUCUGUAUCUGCCUGGAUGGCCUUAGCCCAGGCUAGCACCCAAUCCCCAGCCCAGACCUUCACCACUUGAAGUAGCAUUCUUGGACAUAGAAUCGUGGAUUUAGAGCUAGACAGGGCCUUCAGGGUCAUUUGGUCAGUCUCUUCCUCAGUAAAAUGAGGCACUUGAAGACCACAGAAGUUAAAUGGCUUAUCCAAAGUUACCUACUCAGUGAGUAGCCAGAGACUAAGGACCACAGGCUCCAGAUGCAGCGUCAUUUCUGCUUCACCACACGGCCUCCCGCCACAAUCCAAUGAAUCCAGUAGAUCCUGGGCUCUCGGACAGGCCAAAGUGAAACCGGCCCGAGAUAAAGGUUCAUUCUUCUUGGGGAGGAGAAGGGGUCAUCAUGCCAGGGCUGAAUCUCAAAAGCUAAGCCAAGGUAGCAGUGUGGAUGUUUUUCAUUUUGACUCCCCUGUUUGGAGGGGCAGGAUUACUGAGAACUCAUGGUAUGUGCUAACUCCUUCUCCCCAUUCUUUGCCUCCUCUCAUAGACCUUCCUCCCUUCCUUAUCCUGGGGCCUCUCCUUGAUAACUACAAUCACAAGCACUUCCUGUUUAACCAUGAGCUUCUUCUUUCCCCAAGAUGGAAAGCUUCUCUGCCUAUUCAUCUCAGUCCCUGUGGUGGUUCUCAGGUAAUUUUCACAUAGAAGGUAGAUAAAUAUGAAAUCUAGAUUUAAAUUGAAAACUCUACCUUGGUGUGGGCUGCACAUUUCAGCACUAUUUUAUCUAUGCAUCCCCACUAACUUCCUGUCUCCUGGGAGUUACGCCACUCAGCAGUUGCAGUGGUACCUCUGGCACUAACCCAGAAUUUCCAUCUCCACAGGGAAAAUUGGUAAUGGUGCCUAGAGUUCAGAAGAGGAGUCAGCUCUGAAGGGAGGAGAGAGGAGAAUCAUAAUCCAUUGAACUACCUAAUCUUUCUGGAAAUAUCUUAGAUUCAGCCUUCUCUAAGUCAGAUAGGAACCAUUACUCAGGUGCAUCCUUGCCUGAGCUAGAGUUUUAAAAUCCCAAAGCCCUUCCUGUGGUCGGGGAGGAAGAAUACAGAGUAGCAACAAAUACCCCCAAAGCUCCAUCUGGACCUAAGCUCUUCAGAGAUUCCAGCAUGGCUGCCCUAGGGGUGCAAUUGCAUUAUCUUUCCCUUUUUGUAUUAUACACCUCAAGGUUUGGGGGGUUGGGAUGGGGGGGGGGGCAGUGGAAAAUGUUCUUCACAGUGAAUUGGGCAUUUGAUUCCGUUCUCUGCAGUUACCAGUAAGAAGUUACUAGUGCCAUUAGCUCCAGCCUAACUACUAGCUAAGAUCCUUUAGCCAGACUAGAGUCCCUGUGAUCAGUUGUUUCUGUCAUACAGAAUAAUGGGCAAGGAGACAGUUCCUUCCUUCUGCCCAAAGCUAGAGCCUAAGAGCUCAGAGUUGAGCUAAAUCUUUUUUGACCAUGCAUAUGCAAUGCUCUCCUAAGGCACUGAAACUCAGAGAGAAUGAAAGUAGGAAGGUGGGGACAAAGACUUGCCCUUCUGGAGAUUCUGCUCCCCCCACACCUUGAGGCAAAGCUGGAUGACAUCUCUCCCGCUUUAAGCAAAAUAUGAAAAGCCAGUUUGACAAUGAAUAAAUUAGAGCAUGGCUGUUCACUUUAGAGAGAAUUCCUCUUAUUAGCAAGCUUCCCUGGUGCAUUUAAGAUAGGAUAUAAUUCACAGAAAUUGGAUUAACACAAAGUUCCUAGCACCUAGCAUAGUGCUGGUCACAUGGUAGAUGCUUGAUAUAUGCUUUUGGGGUGGUUGGUUAUUUGGAGUGAUCAACCCAUUGGGGGUGUAAAUGAGGCCACCUGUGUUGCUGGUGGAUCCUCACCAAAACCCCAGCUUGCUAGGGGCUUCCCCAAAACUUUGGCCAUUAGAAUUGUUAGUGCCUUUGACGUCACCGCACUGGAACUGGUAUACGCCCAGCUGACAAAGCUCAGGCCGUGACAGGUUGGGGAUGAUUUUCCAGAACUGACUUCAGGGACUUGCCUGUUACACCUGUAGCCUUUUUUCAUGUGCCGAGCGACGUGACUCAAGAAGAGCCGCAGUAUUUUUGUAUUGGUGGCCAUGGAUUGCUGGUCACUGAGCACAGAGUUCUCUGGAUACUGGGCUAUUUGAAUAAUUGUCUUCCUCUCUCCCCACCGCCAUGUCCUUCCCUGGCCCAGCCUUGUCCAGGACUCAGUAAGUUUCUGAAACUGAAAUUUGUCCCCAGUGCCAUGCCUGGGGAGUGAAGGGGGUGGGGGGAGGGUGGGGAUUGGAUGGGAGAGAUGCCUUUAUUUUUUAUAUGGUCUCUAGAUUUAUAUACAAAGGUAAUUUGCCCUGUGGGUUUCUGGGAAUGGGGACAAAUCAGGGCCCUAGAGUUUGAAAGUACUUCAGCCUCCCCAAGUGGGCUUCAUGCCUGUGGGGCUGAGAGGCCUUUGGCCUCUGACACAGUCACCUGAGCCAUUAGACAUGUCCUUGAGCUUUUGUGUGGGGUUGUGGGAGGUGGGGGGCAGCUGUGUGUAUGACAUGAUGUUCCUCACCUCAUUUGUACACGGUUUUGUAUGUAUGCUUUCUGUAUGGAGUAUUUGUUACAGGUAAAUAUAUUCCAGCACCCAACC